UUCAUGGUGUGGUAGCCAUGAUUGGUGCACCCCUCCCUACCCCUCUUCACUCAUUGUGGUUUUUGUUUACAUCCCUGCCUUUUCUUAUCAGAAGACUGCAAAUCCGGCAGAUCCAUCCAGUUUAUCAAGAAUUAUUCUCAAGUUGUUAUUUUUCCAGUCAUCCUUUUUGUGGCCAACAACGAUCUCCAAUUUUCUCUCAUAUCAAGACGAUCAUCUGUAAAUUACAGUAGUUUCGACCAUGCGCUUGAAAUUUGCCUUCAUGCGGUUUUUAACGGGAAUUUUUAUUUUGGCAUUUCUAUGCGAAUUUCUAAUCUAUUACCUAGUACUAUAUCAGUGCUCAUAUCCAGUUCUCAAUCCAGAGUUUGAAGAUUCAUCAAUCAUUACAAAUGGGACUGUCGAAGAACUUCGAGCAAUGAUUUUAGCAGAUACUCAUUUACUAGGGCCCUACAGGGGUCACUGGUUUGAUAAACUAAGGAGAGAAUGGCAAAUGUAUCGAUCUUUCCAAUCAGCGGUUGCUAUUCACAACCCAGAUAUCAUCUUCAUUUUAGGUGACAUUUUUGAUGAAGGAAUGUGGACCACUCAAACAGAGUUUGAUGCUUAUUUAAAGAGAUUUGCCAAUCUCUUCAAUGUUGAAAAACCAAUUGAAUUAUUUGUUGUACCCGGCAAUCAUGACAUCGGAUUUCAUUACAGAAUGUCUCCUAACUUGGAACAUAGGUUUUCAACUGCUUUCAAAUCAAGGCCAGUAUCUUUUGUAAGCCGACGCAAUGUACAUUUUGUACUCAUAAAUUCAAUGGCAAUGGAAGGAGAUGGUUGCUCUAUUUGCCAGAAAGCAGAAAAGAAUCUUAAAACUGUUGCAGCUAAACUACGGUGCACCAAAGGAGUAGGCGUUUGCAAAGGGAUAAAACCGCUACCCAGCUACAGUAAACCAAUUAUUCUGCAGCAUUUUCCCAUGUACAGGGAAUCUGAUGAAAGCUGCCAGGAAAUUGAUUCUGCCCCUCCUGUUUUAAAAAAUGAAAAAUUUCGAGAACGUUGGGAAUGUCUGUCUCGUGAGGCUUCAGAAAUGUUAAUAGAGAUGCUUCGGCCGAGAGUGAUUCUAACUGGUCAUACUCAUCACGGUUGCUAUCGAUUUUACCCUGAAAGCAAAAUUCAUGAGUAUACAGUUCCGUCUUUUAGUUGGAGGAAUAAAAAUAAUCCCACUUUUAUGUUGGGGGUAUUCACAUCAAACAAUCAUGCUCUUGAACGGUGUCCACUACCUCAAGAAACAACUGUUAUAGCUUUGUAUGUUAUUGGAUUAUUUGUCAACAUCUUCAUCUACUUCCUACCGAGGAGGAGAUUUAGUUUACAUGAACAUAAAAACCCCAAGACCUAUGUGUGGACUAUCAAGAGAAGACCCGUACAAAAAAGCAAAUGAAUACCAAUUGAUGCUGGGCUCACCUGGUUUUGAGACGAGAGUGUGGCCACCAUCAUUCACUAGAGAGACUGAUGAUCUAGGUUAGCAGUAG